UUAGAUUAACUAUAAAGUUCGAAAUUAAAGUCGCGCUAUGCGCGUUUUAGCAAGUUAUUACGUAUUGUUAGAUAUAAUCAAUUUAAAAAUUUCUCAUGUUAUUUAAUAAACUCUCUUCUUUCUCUCUUUUAAAAAAAAAAAUUUAUCCCAAGUUUUUUUAUAAAAGAUGAUUUUGCCUCGUCAUUUAUUAACGAAUCCUAUCAUUAAAAGAAGGUGGUAUACACCACUUGGAAGUCAUGUUGCUGAUAAUGAUCCUUUCGUUAUUGCCCGUGAAAAGGAAAGACUUCUCCAAGGAAAAGUCAAACAUUUUCUAAAAUCUGCACCGGGUUGGAGCGAAUUGUUGGCAUCGGAUAGUGAAGCUGUGGUUAAAGCCGAACGAGAGCCAGAUCCAUUAUCUAUAAAAGAUCUUCAAAAUGAAUCAAUUAAAACUUUAUCUAUGUCUUAUGAUGAUAUCGAAAUUAUUGACCAUAUUAAACAAGAAGUUAAGAUUAAAACCGAAGAGGAAAUUAUUGCUAAACCUCGAGAUAAAUCUUAAGAAAGAAAGAAUUGUAUCAUAAUUUAUAAAUAGUAACAACAUUUUUUAUUUUAUUCAAAUGUUUCUAUAACUAUAAAUUAUUAUUAUAUAAUUCUUAUUCUCCGUCUAUUUUUUUUUUUUUUUUAAUAAUGUUAAAGAGAUCUGCCUAAUUGUGAUACGUAUUCCAGGAUUUUUUUUUUCAUUUUCUUUCACUAUUGUAAAAUGUAAAUCUCUGAUUUACAAAAUAUUUAUAUGUAUGUAUGUAUGUAUUAUAUUAAGAAAUAAAGGCUAAAAAAAAAAUCUAUUGAUAUUUUGAAU